AUGACUAUGCCCCCUCAAGCCCCACCAUUUCUCGGGAUCAUGGGCUUCCCCCCAGGUUUUGAAGAGGGUCCAUUUGGUGGCCCAGGAAGACACCAUGGCGGGGGUCGAGGUGGACAUCCCUGUCGAGGAAGACACCAUCCGGGCUUUGGGCCACGAGACUUUGAAGAACCCCUUUCCCAUGGACAUGGUCGUGGCGGCAUGUUUGGGUCCCGCGGCCAUCAUCACGGACCCCAUGGCCACCACGGCCACCAUCGUGGCAUGCAUCGAGGUCGCGGCGGUCGAGGCGGCCGUGGCGGCAUGCCAGGAUCAUUCGAUUUCUCCUUUCUCCAAAACUUUGCCGCUGAAAUGGACCCUGCCAACGCCUGGUUCGGACCUCGAGAUGGGAGAGGACGCCAUCAGAGUGACAACCCCGUUGACUUUGUGCCCCGCGCCGACGUCUUCAACGCACCCACCGAAUACGUCGUCCAUGUAUCUCUUCCCGGUGCAAACAAAGCAGAUGUCAGCGUUGACUAUGAUCCCGAAGAAUCUACCCUUCGUCUCUCGGGUGUAAUCCAUCGUCCCGAGUUCACCGAAGAGCUUCACAGGGCCAUGGUGAUUGAAGAACGACACUACGAAGUUGGAGUUUUUGAGCGCAACAUCCCGCUAGGUACUCGUGAGGCACCUGCAUCUGUCGACAACGAAAAUAUCUCGGCCAAAUUUGUGGAUGGGAUACUCGUUGUACGCCUGCCAAAGAACCAAAACAACCCCGCCCAGUUCCACAAGAAGGUUUACAUCGAGGGCGACGGUAGUGAUAAUGUCGAGAAAGAGACAGAACCAGAGACAAGCUAUGUGAAUGAGAAACAUGCUUCAGUACUGGAAGUCGCGGAUGAGACCGAUACCAUGCACCUCGAUACCGACACUGAGCCGGGAGAUUUGCUCAAGGAAGUUGAAGAGCAUUCCUCAUAUACUCCGUCCCAUGACUCCGAAGAGGAGGAUCUAUAUGAUAUCGUCAAGUCAAAGGAGAAUAUCAAGGUCAAUGUUGAAUAG